GAGCAUCCGCGGGAUAAAAUCCCAUAUAGCACCUCUUAUUUUCAUAAUUUUCAAAACUCUACCCUCUCUUUCUUAACCACCAUAUCGGCGUCGCCGUCAGUAACCGUCAAAUAAAAUGGCAGCAAUUGUUGUAAAUGUAAUUGUAGCAAAGAAUAGGCUGUCGGGGACCAAUGAAUACUACUCCUACCAAAGUGGUAGGGACUGUUGUUCCGCGGCGGCGGCCCCUUAUAACCACCACCGCAACUUGCUUCCCUUUCAUGGAGGGAAGAAUUUAUUGGCAUGGAGGAGUGGCAUAUCUUCCAUGCAUUUACCAAAAUACCAGACUGCUUUUGUUAAACGACCACCUAUUUACUACUGCAAUGCUGCUUCAUCUACGACCGCGGUGCCAUAUCUCGAUAAGGUUGAUUUUAUGAAGCUUCAAAAUGGCAGUGAUAUUCGAGGUGUGGCUGUUCCUGGGGUCGAGGGAGAACCUGUUACCCUCACUGAACCAGUUACGGAAGCAAUAGCAGCAGCCUUUUCUGCCUGGUUAUCGGAAAAGAAAAAAGUUGAUGCAUCCAAACCUCUGAAGGUGUCUGUAGGUCACGAUUCCCGCAUAUCUGCACAGGUGUUGCAGGAUGCGGUUACUCGAGGUGUUGCCAGUGCAGGCCUGGAUGUUGUUCAAUAUGGAUUGGCAUCCACCCCUGCAAUGUUUAAUAGCACACUAACCGAGGAUGAGGCAUUUUUAUGUCCAGUUGAUGGGGCUAUAAUGAUAACAGCUAGUCAUCUUCCUUUCAACAGGAACGGGUUCAAAUUCUUCACAAAUGCUGGAGGGCUUGGGAAGGCUGACAUUAAAAACAUUUUAGAGCACGCUGUGGACAUAUAUAAUAGUUUUACAGAUGAAGGUUUAAUGAAAUCAAAAGGGAAAGCUUCUGAAUCCUUAAAAAGAGUUGAUUACAUGACUGUGUAUACAUCUGAUCUUGUAAAGGCAGUCCGCAAAGCUGCAGGAAAUAUAGAGAAGCCACUGGAGGGAUUCCAUAUUGUUGUUGAUGCGGGAAAUGGAGCAGGAGGAUUUUUUGCUGAAAAAGUUCUUCAGCCUCUGGGAGCUAUCACUUCUGGCAGCCAGUUCUUGGAACCAGAUGGUAUGUUUCCAAAUCAUAUCCCUAAUCCAGAGGACAAGGCAGCGAUGAAAGCUAUUGCCCAGGCAGUCCUUGAGAACAAGGCUGAUUUGGGGAUCAUAUUUGAUACUGAUGUUGACAGAUCUGCUGCUGUGGAUUCCACUGCUCGUGAGUUCAACCGGAAUCGGCUGAUUGCCUUGAUGUCUGCCAUUGUAUUAGAGGAACAUCCAGGAACAACUAUUGUUACAGACAGUGUGACUUCCGAUGGCCUUACUACAUUUAUUGAAAACAAACUUGGGGGAAAGCACCAUCGAUUCAAAAGAGGUUAUAAAAAUGUCAUCGAUGAGGCUGUUCGUUUGAACUCUGUUGGUGAGGAAUCACAUCUGGCUAUUGAAACCAGUGGCCAUGGAGCUCUCAAGGAAAACCACUGGCUUGAUGAUGGAGCAUACCUCAUGGUUAAAGUUCUAAAUAAAUUGGCUUCAGCCAGAGCUUCUGGUAUUGCUGGAGGCAGCAAAGUUUUGACUGACCUGGUAGAGGGUCUGCAGGAACCAAGAGUUGCUGUGGAAUUGAGACUGAAAAUCGAUCAGAAUCAUCCAGAUCUUAAAGGAGGAUCUUUCCGAGAAUAUGGAGAGGCAGUGCUGAAACUUUUGGAGAACCAUGUAGAGUCAGAUCCAAAGCUUCAGAAAGCUCCUGUUAAUUAUGAAGGGGUUCGAGUUUCUGGUUUUGGUGGGUGGUUCCUUCUUAGACUCUCACUUCAUGAUCCUGUUCUUCCCCUUAACAUUGAGGCAUCUAGCCAUGAAGAUGCGGUGAAGCUUGGACUUGCUGUGGCUUCUGCUGUCAAGAAGUUCCCUGCUUUGGAUACUUCUGCCUUGGAUAAAUUUCUCCAAACUUCAUAAGUUGAGUUUUGAGUUGCGGCCCUUUCAGUUUCCAUGCGCAAUCCUGUUUGUUGAAUUCGGCAUCCCUCAAGUGUGGCGUAUUGGCCGUAAAGCCAGGGUGCUCUAGAGAGUUUUUCUCGUUAAAUCUGAUUUUGCUGAUGAAUAUAGAAUGCCAAGUUUAAAUUUGUAGAGAUACUAAUUACAGAAUAAACGAACAAUAACAAUAAAUAGCAUUAUGUGCUUGAGUCUUUGUCAAUAACAAUAAAUUGCAGUUUUACUAUCCAAGUUCAUAUGCUUUUCCU